AUGUUAGGAAUGAUAAGAUGGGUGCUCGAAGGAACGUUGGUGGCGAUGCUUCUAUCGGCAAUAAGAAGAGAGACCGGAAUGAUAUUCUUUUACAACCACUAUCAGCUGGGCGGGUGGAUACAUAAAUAUAUGUCCUGGGGGGAGAUGUGUUAUUCAAGGACGCUAAAAAUGGUAAAAGGUUCUAGUCUUUUCAGAAAGCAGUUGAACGAGGACGGAUUUGGACGUAUCAAUGACAAUGGCAUAAAACGAAGGGGAAGAGAUCAGCCCCAGUCUGGCAGUAGGUUCGUGGAGUUAGAUUAA